UCGGUCGUUCCUUCCUUCCUGCUCCGCCUGCACGUUUCGCGAUAUGGGUUAGAGCCUCCGAUCCAGCAGCACCACCUGAGGAUCCCGGAAGCCGCCCCCGCGAUGGAAGAAGACCAGGAGUUGGAGAGGAAAGCAAUUGAAGAAUUGCUUAAAGAGGCAAAACGUGGCAAAACAAGAGCAGAAACGAUGGGACCUAUGGGUUGGAUGAAGUGCCCCCUCGCCGGCGCGAAUAAGAGGUUUCUGAUUAACACGAUUAAGAACACGCUGCCCUCCCACAAAGAGCAGGACCCUGAGCCGAAAGAGGCCACGAAGGCACCUGCGAAAAGCCAGAGCCGGAAGGAAGAGCACCGCAAGGGGCACCGAGGCCACCCUUACAAGCCCAGCUCCCAGGGCCGGGGCGCGCGCGGCGGCCCCUCGCCACCGCCGAAGCGGAGCAGCCCGGAGAGGGGCCCGGCGAGGGGCCCGGCGAGGUACGAGAAGCGGUCCGACAAGCGGUGAGGCCGGGACCGCGCGGCCGCUGCCUCCGGGCCUGGGGCUUGUGCGGACGCGGGGUUGGGGCACGGGCCUCGGGCUGGAGUGGUUUUUAGCGCCGGUCCUUUGCGGCGGCGACACGGCUGUCCGCGCCCGGGGACUCGUCUGCAGGCGGCGCGGCAGGUUUCGGCCACUCGGGCAGCGCCCCGCGCACGCGUGUGGUUUCUGUUCUCUCUCGUUCGCCAGUUGGUUUCGAAAUAAAUCUGAAACGGAAACAAAGUUCCCCGAGAUGGUUACGGCUAGUUCCAGGGUUGUUUGUUUGUUUCAUGUGUUCCAAUCGUGGUCAUUUCUCAAGUUUUCUCCAAAAACAAAAAACAAAAAAAACAAAAACCACUUGUAAAUCCUAGACGUUAUCUUGCUGGAGGCUGAAUUGCAGAGGCAGAGGUCAGCCGGCCAGUGACCGUGCUUAGGCCGAGGUGUGGCCCUUGGAAGGGCUGGAAAUGUACCAGGAACAAACGCAGCGAGAGACGCCUUGCCGGUUUCCUUUUCCUGCGAGCGAGCCCUCGGGGAGGGUGCCCACGGGGCUUUGGGUUUGGUGUUCCGUACCAAAAGCCAGAGGGGGGAAACGGGGCUCUGUCGCUGCCUUGUGCGUUCUCAGACUCAUUCCCCAGAUGAACCACCUUUCCAUAGUCAGUUUGGGGGGCAACGUGUGCGUUCUAAGCGGUGCUUUCAAAAGAACCCUCAAAGGUUAAAGUUAAAUUAUUCCGUGCUGUGUCUUCUUGAGCUAAAGACCUACAUUACCACCCUCAGUAGAGUUGUUUCCGAAAUCUUAAUUUUAAAUAAAAGUGUGUUUACAACGCC